UACAUGUGUGUAUGAAAGUGUGUGAGGUAGAAAAGUGUGUGUGUGUGUGUGUGUGUGUGUGUGUGUUUGUGUGUGUGUGUGUGUGUGUGUGUGUGUGUGUGUGUGUGUCUAGUCUUUAUCCAUCGCAGGCUGGACGAAAAAAGAGCCCUCCACUCAUUUUUUGUUUUUGUUUCUUCCAUCUCCCGUCUGCUCCAGCUCUGCCUCUCCCACCUCGAUCAAAGACCUAGAAGAGAGCUGAGAGAAGCAGGGUGUGUGUGUGUGUGUGUGUGUGUGUGUGUGUGUGUGUGUGUGUGUGUGUGUGUGUGUGUGUGUCUGUGUUUGAAGGGAUGGAGAAGGGAUGGAGAGGGGAUGGAGAGGGGAUGGGGGGGCAGUCAGCUUGGUUGGGUGGGAGGUGAUAACAAGAUGAAAGGGUCCAGGUGAGGAGGAGACACAGGAGCGACCCUCUCCUCUCUCCCCCAUCUCUUCUGUGUGUGUGUGUGUGUGUGUGUGCGUGUGUGUUUGUGUGACGUGGUGUGUCAGUGUGUGUUUGCUGUGUGUGUUGGAGAGAGAGCAAAACACUCUGCUCUCCUUCAGUAGACCGUGAACCUGCGCUGGAGGAAGCAGCCCUCUCCAGACUGAGAUAUUUCUAACUGAAGCUGAUAUAGGAGAGAGAAGGACACAUUCUCCAAAUUUACAAGGAAUUAAGUGAAACCUCCAGUGAUCAUCUGCUGGGCUCCAGGCUAAAGUCUACAGGGGUCAGGGCCUGUACAGCCCCAUGACAAACACUGCUGCCUGAGCCUCUCAGUGACACCCUAUGACAGGGGAGGAUGGGUGAUGGGCCCGUGAAAUUCAGCGGCCUCUCUCCUGCUUAUCCCAUCCUCUCAUGGAGCAUCCUGUUAGACCGAGCCCCUCCUGGAACACUUCUCUCUCUGGCCUCCCCACAUUUCCAGCCUCACUACACCCAAAUAUCUCUAACGUGACACCGCCCAUCACAAGUAUCCGGGGUGGGGUCGAUCUGAACCAGUCCUUGGCACUGUGUGCUAUGCUCGUCAUGGAUGUGCUGGCAGUUGUGGGGAACUUGGCCGUGAUGAUUGUCAUCACCAAAACGCCGCACCUGCGCAAGUUUGCCUUUGUGUUCCACCUCUGUCUGGUGGACCUGCUGGCAGCGCUGUUUUUGAUGCCCUUGGGGAUGCUGUCAGACCGAAUCCUGGUGGACGAGGCUCUGUGCCGGAGCUACCUCUGCCUGAGUGUGUGUCUAGUGAGUGCUGCCAUCCUCACCAUAUGUGCCAUCAACGUGGAACGCUAUUACUACAUCGUCCACCCCAUGCGUCAUGAGGUCAAGAUGACAUUGGGGGUGGUGGUGAUGGUACUAGUGGGAAUCUGGAUUAAAGCCAUUGUCAUGUCAGUGCUGCCUCUCCUAGGAUGGCUGCUCCAGGGGAACCAGGUUCCGGGGGCUCCUUCGGUCAUCAUUCGUGGUCAGAGACACUGCUCCCUCCACUGGACGGGAGGCAGGACCAUGCGGCUGCUUUUCAUGGUCUUUUUUACAUGCAUCUAUUUCCUGUGCCCUGUGCUGAUCAUUUUGGUGGUCUACUGCAACAUGUUCAAGGUGGCGCGAGUUGCAGCCAUGCAGCAUGGCCCCCUUCCCACUUGGAUGGACUUGCCGCGACAACGGUCCGAGUCCAUCAGCAGCCACUCCACCAUGGCAGCCAGCCUUGGGGGCACUGGCGCCCGCACCACCCCUCAAAGGACCUUCAGUGGCGGGAAGGCCGCAGUGGUCCUGGUGGCAGUGGGUGGCCAGUUCCUUUUCUGCUGGCUGCCAUAUUUUUCCUUCCAUUUCUACUCGGCUGUUGUGUCUACCUCUCCUGCUUCGCUGGCCCAGCUCGAGGACGUGGUUACAUGGAUUGGCUAUUUCUGCUUCACCUCCAACCCCUUCUUCUAUGGCUGCCUAAACCGGCAGAUUCGUGAGGAGCUGGGCCGCCACCUGGCUUGCCUCUUCAAGCGGGUCGGGCCCGGCGAAGGGGAGCAGCUGCCCAGCCGCGAGGCCUCUAUUGAGGAGAACUUUAUGCAGUUCCUUCAGGGCACUGGAUGCAAUCUGGAGCCCUGCAACUCGCACAGCAGAGUGAGCCUGGAGGAGUCAGAGACUGAGGGCCUUCAGGAAUCAGCUGUUCAGCAGAACACGCCAGCUGACUUCCACAUCCCAGGGCAGAUCCUUGACGAAACCUCAGAGUUCAUACAGCGGCAACAGCUGAACAAUGAGCUACAUGUAUCAGAGAACUUUUUCAAAACUGUACCAGAACUGUAGCUGCCUCUCAAGUCUCUUUUGGCAUCCAAUAAAUAUGCUUAGUUGUAUUCAUAUUUUCUCCAAUUUGUUGAAUUAAUUAAUUUCUUGUUCAUGCUACAACAGUGCUUUUAAGCUAAAAAUCCAUUGAACUGCAAAGCAUGGUAUCUUCGUGGGAGAAUUUAAAUUAUGUAGACCAACAGUCAUGACGCUACCGCAUUACAUGUUUUAAGAGCCAUACAGUGUCAGGCUGUUUCUGUGUGAUGUUAGCAGAUGGACAAGAUAAACCCUUGUUGUGUUAAUCACGGGUCAAGGCUGUGACAAACAUCACAUAAACAUAAAGAAGUGCUAACACUCUGGGCGAGCAAAAACUUCAGGGGAACACAGUUAUCACAGUUCAAGGAAGCCAAGAAGAAAAUUUUUUAGUUUAGCAUUCCUUUAAAGCUUAAGUCAUUCGGCCCUCAUUAAAAGUUGGGCUCUCCAUCAGACAUUAGAAUCUGAUUUACAGCAUCAAUGAGUCAUAACACAUCAUGGGGAUUACAUCAAAAAAUGAUUAAUUUAAUUCAACUAGCGUUGAAUGUUUCCUCAUUUUUGUGUUUUAAUACUUGAAUCCCUUGACAAUCAUUUCAAAUUGACUCAAUGAUACAAGCAGGUUCUCUAUGACCAGAUCUUUGAUUUGAUUAGUAAUCAAACCAUAAAAAAAAACUCCAUCAAAGUGUAAUUUUGUAGGACUUUCAAUUGGAAGAAAAACAAUGUGAGGAAAAUGAGGAAGAGGUAAAAGUAAAGGUUGUCAGUUAUUGAAGCUGUCCUUGCCAGCUGUUUGGAAGCUGUUUGUUUAGCCACUAAAGUAAAGAUCUGUUUCCAUCAAAGUGUAUUUAUUCUACUUUCACAUCUCCUACCGCCAAGGACUUUAUGCAAAAUGUGUUGCUUUUCCAUGUAGAAAAGAGUGAAUAUUCAGAGCCAUUUAACACAAAUGCCUUUCCUUUUGAAAUAUUCAUUGUGUUUAAAAGGAUCAUAUUUUACAGCUGGUGCUGCUGGUGGUAUUUAUAAUAAACAGGCUGACACACCAGCGUAUUUUUAACCAUUUUCCAGGGACAUUAUUAUCAUGUUAUCUGUUCUUAGUCUUGUGAUUAUCACCUCCUCACCAAAAUCAUCUCACAUUGGUAGACUCGUGAUUCAACCCCCUUCCACUCAAAGAAAAACAUUGUGACUGGUUUAAUUUGUGUGACAGCGAUGGGUUUAAAGAUUUAAGCUUUGCAAAAACAUCGGCUACUGCACAUGAUGACUGUCAAUUUGUUGAAAUAAGGCGUGGAUAAAUUCAGACAUGGCCCCCAUUACCCCGAGAUGUCGGUGCUGUUUACAGGUAAACACAGGAGAGGUGUGAGCACUCUUGUGUUUGUGCUAUAAACAAGCAGGCUUGUUGUGGCUACUCAGCACACAGGUGAGACAAUGCUUACACAUGGCAAGCUUUGCCUGUGGCCUCAUUUGGAAGACAGUGAAGAUACUUUCUCCGAUCUCAGGUGGAAACAGUUUGCACAAGUCACACAAGCAGUGACAAAUGUUCCAAAGAAAAUUACAAGGCACAAUUCUCUUUUUAUACUUGCUCUUUCUUGCUGCCUUCAUUUAUUUUGGACUGCCUCAUACCGGGCUGUUGGCAUGAUCACAAGACACUGAACACAAGGCGUCCAGGGGAGGGUCAUAUUUUGCUGGGAGUCAGAACAAAAAAAAGGUCCCUUUGUCAGGGGGAGACAUAGUGUUCUUAAUUUUAUUGCGAUAUGACUUUGUAGCGGAUUCUUUUUCAGAUGGGGUCAUCAUGUCAUCUUGUUUUAAAGUGUUUUUUUGUGUCUGAAGAUGGUGCAGAAAUGUGAGGCCCAAAUUUUAGUUACACAAAAAAUCCAGUACAAUUGUGACCACAAGACAAAAUCACUGCCAUAAUCCUUAAUGUUCUACAAUAUGCAUGCAUUUUUAUUGUAUUUUUAUUAGUUAUAUCAACACUGCAACAGUUAUUAAACUUUAUGUAACAAAAUAACAUAAAACCACCUUGAUUGAUUACACCAGUGUUCUGGAACAAUGGUUUAAUCUCUUUCGAUAAUCUGAGAUCUUACUCAUUGAGCAUUAUUGAUCAUCUGCUCUUUAAAAUGUUGUAAUAAAGUCAGUAAUAUUUAACACAGACUGGGGUCAUUACAAAGCCCCUUGUGCUGAGUGUACAACAAUCCACCAUUCCAUUCAGCUGGAUUUCUGUAGCAGCAAAAUUGUCCCAACCAAUCUGAUUAAAUGCUGUAAGCUCAGUGUCUGCUACCAUCUGUUGAUUACAAGGACGGAGAAAUAAGCUGUUUUGAAGGUGAAUGGCAGAUAAUAUUCCCCGCUUUAGGAACAUUCAUAGACAUUGUUUUUACAGUUUUUUCAUGUCAAGACGUUCUUUUUCCUCUCUCUAUCUUUUUGUACCUGAGCUGAAAAGACUGUUUUAAUUCUUAAUUAUUGGGGUUUGUUUUCCCCUUGUAAAGAUGUCCCUGCGCAGUAGUUACCCAAAUGAUUAAAGACACAGCAAGAAUA